AUGAAUUUUAUCAAGAAUACCGUCGUUCUUUUUGGCGCGGUCCUGCCCCUUGUUGCAGCUGCUCCCGUUCCCGUUGUUGUCGCCGUUCCCAGCCUUGUCGCUCGUGAGGUCAUACCAGGAAAGUACAUUGUGACAGUCAGGUCUGGCGUCAAUGUCUCUUCCCACAUCGAUUGGGUCAGACUGGCCCACGAGCGCAAUAACAGGAUGAACAAUGAGUCCUCAGCUGGUAUCACCACCACAUACCGCGCCUACUCUGGCUACGCAGCUGAACUUGACGAUACCACCCUCGCCGAGUUAAAGCAACACCCUGAUGUACAAGCUGUCGAGCAAGACCAGGCCUGGACCAUCUUUGGUGACUGGCGAGAGCGUGCUCUCACGACUCAGACUGGUGCUCCGUAUGGUCUUGACGGUAUUUCGCACCGUGCUGGUGCAACAGGCGGGUCGUCGUAUAUAUAUGACACCUCUGCAGGAUCUGGUACAUUCGGCUAUGUCGUCGACACUGGUAUCAACGCCGAGCAUGAAGAAUUUGAAGGCCGCGCCUCCCUUGGGUACAACGCCGCAGGCGGCGAGUUCGUAGACGACAUCGGGCAUGGAACGCACGUUGCAGGGACAAUCGGAUCACGCACCUAUGGUGUGGCUAAGUCUGCGUCGGUGAUCUCUGUCAAAGUCUUCAGCGGAUCAUCCGGAUCGACAUCCACGGUAAUGGAUGGCUACGACUGGGCCGUGAACGACAUAGUCUCCAAGGGCCGCACGAAUCGGGCAGCCAUCAACAUGUCACUCGGUGGCGGACGCUCCACGGCUUUCAACGACGCGAUCGCCGCAGCCUACGACCGCGGUGUAGUCACUGUCGUCGCAGCAGGAAACGAGAACCAGGACGCAAGCAACAUCAGCCCGGCGAGCGCGCCACAGGCAAUCACCGUUGGCGCGGUCCAGUCUGGCAACUCCCGAGCCUCGUAUUCCAAUUUUGGUUCUGUGCUGGACGUCUUUGCGCCUGGCUCUGACGUGUUGUCGACGUGGAUUGGUUCCACGACUGCGACGAAUACGAUAUCGGGAACGUCGAUGGCGUCGCCGCAUGUUUGUGGUCUGGUCCUGUAUUUGCAGGCGCUUGAGGAUCUCCAGGGUCCUGCUGCCGUCGCAGAUAGGAUCACGAGUCUUGCGACCGAAGGCCGAGUCGACGAUGCGGGGACAGAUAGUCCGAAUCGUCUUGCGUAUAACGGGAAUGGUGCUUAG